AUGGAUCGACGCUGCUGGGGAUCUCAAGGGGCACAGACUGUCGGUGUUCUGGAACAACAACACAACCGACAGAAUCCCUCAAUCCUCGGAAAUGCAGGAACUACGAAAGGAAGUAUCAGAACUCACCGCGAUAAAGUUGGGCAACCACUUGCAACAUUAUCAUUGGUGGUAUCUUCUUCAACGAGGGCAACCCGGGCGGAGCUGGGUCUGCCAGUGAUAAGACUGGACACCAACCAAGCCCCCCCCAGAUGCCAUCAAAAGUCCUGCAAGAACCAAUCCAGCUCCAGCAAAUCGUCGGUGCCUUGGGACUCUAGAGCGAGACGGAGAACAUCCGAAUUGAAGGAGUUAAAAACAGCGCCGCGAAACAUCGUCAAGGCUUUCGCGGAGCGAGACCAAGACGUGAAGCUACUCCGGGAACGAUCGGAAUCGCCGCAGGCUCUCUCGGGAGUGGAGCUUCAGCGAGAACAACGGUAUCCUAUCAAAUUGGACGCACUCCGGAAAACCGACGUCUUUGACGAUCUGGAAAAGGAGAAGAGCAACUUCUAG